CCAACCUGUGGUCCAAAUGAGGAGUUCGUGACGUGCAGUUCAAAGUGUGAGCCAACUUGUGAAUCGCCGCCUAACCAACUCUGCAUCUUGGAAUGCGGUCCACCGAAGUGUGAAUGUCGUCCGGGCUUCGUUCGUCACCAAGGAAGGUGUAUUCCUCGUAGCCAAUGUCCAUCUGCUGAUCCAAAACCGACGUGUGAUCAAAACGAGCGCUUUGUGGAGUGCAGUUCAUUGUGUGAACCUACCUGCGAAUGGCCCACUGGUCAACCUUGCGUGAAAAAGUGUGGACCACCAAAAUGUGAAUGUCUUCCGGGAUUUGUUCGAGAUCAAGGAAAAUGUAUACCGCCUGAUCACUGUCCAUCUAUUGGUGGGUCCUGA